AUGUUACUUAAAUUUAGCUGUGAUUUCAAUAUUCUAUUAGUGGCCCUCUGUUUUUGUAUUUAUAUACGUUCAUGCAUCUGCUUUUUGGGUGGAAAUUGUGUGACUCCUCCCUUAGACUGCCCUAACGAAAAUGUGACAUUUUGGUUGUAUACCAGAGCGAACAGUGAUAAACCACAUCAGUUGAAAAUUACGGAACCAGCAUCGAUUGACAUGGCACCCUGGGUCCCUGGUGCUCCGAUAAAAAUAUUAAUACACGGUUACACAGGCUAUAAAGACUAUUCGCCGAAUACGGAAAUAAGACCAGCGUAUUUAGAAUGCUGCGAUUAUAACAUUAUCGCAAUAGAUUACAACCCUCUCGCACUGGAACCAUGUUAUGUGCAGGCCGCGUUUAACACAGAACUAACUGGGAAGUGUUCUGCCCAACUGAUUGACAAUAUGGUCUCUAACCACAGUAUUGAACUGUCCAGGAUUCACGUCAUUGGAUUCAGUCUUGGGGCGCACGUCGCUGGAUUUAUAGCCAAUUAUUUGAAAUCGGGCAAAUUAGAACGCAUCACUGGACUCGAUCCGGCAUUGCCUUUAUUUGCUACGGCCGACACAACAAGGAAACUCGACCCAAGCGAUGCGAAAUUCGUGGACGUCGCUCAUACCAACGCGUUGCAAAAGGGUAAACUUGAAAUAAGCGGACACGCCGAUUUCUUCCCAAAUGGUGGUAUGCAACAGCCUGGUUGUAAGGCGGAUGAAAACUUCACAAAAUCUGGAUGUGAGCAUGCAAGAGCUCCUGCAUAUUAUGCUGAAUCGAUAAUUACUAAGUUAGGUUUUUAUGGGAAAAAAUGUUACUCGUGGAUAGCCUAUAUGAUUGGUUGGUGCGAGCUACUCAGCUCUGAUGAAGACAUCUUGUUCGGAGAGUACACACCGAAAACUGCAUCUGGUACAUUUUUCUUCACCACAAAUUCGGAACCACCAUACGCUAAAGGCUUGAUCAAAAAUAAGUUUUACGAUGAUCAAGAUGACAUUGAAUGCGGGUUCCAA